CAUGACAGCCAGUGAUAGAAAAUAAAUUCUAAAUUCUAAAUUCUAAAUUCUAUUCCAUUUUUUUUUAGUAUAUUUUUUUUUGGUUUGAAUAUUUUGGCGUCUAAAGAAUCUGUAAUUUAAAGAAUAAAAUCUUCGAUGGUUUAUUCUUAGCUACUUGUUAAAAAUCUUUCCAAGUUUCUUCUUUUCUUGCUGUUCUGUAAUCAUUCAAUCAUCUAGAAAAACUAAAAAACGAUCUAUUUCUUUUGAAUCCUUUUUGUUGCUUAAACACCAAGAAGUUCACAACCACAGAUUUUAUCAGUUUCUGAAUCCAUUAAAAGGUAGAGGUUUUGAUAGUGGAGUAGUGAUUCCCUGUCUCUCCUUUCUCUGGGUUUCUUGUUUUUUCUUGUUCUUCUUCUUCUUCUUCAAAAAAAAAAAAAAAAAAUAUCAUGAAAUAGGGCUUCUGCAGGUGUUACUUGAUUGAGACUUGAGAGGUUUAGCAUCGAUGGGGAGUAUCAUAAGGAGUUGCCUCCAAUCUCUCCUCAAAAUCGCAAACUCCGUUAUUGGGAUGGUUGGAAUAGCAAUGAUCUUGUACUCUCUGUGGAUGAUUAGGGUUUGGCAUAAGCACAUGGGUGGGCUUUCUCUUGGGGACUCCAAUUCUCCCCCAUGGUUUAUCUAUGCUUUUCUUGGCAUUGGAAUCACCUUGUGCGUGCUCACAUGUUCUGGUCAUAUUGCUGCAGAGACCGCAAAUGGCCAUUGCCUUUGUUGUUAUAUGGUAUUUGUCAUUUUGCUUCUCCUACUGGAGGCUGCAGUGACUGCAGAUAUUUUUCUAAACAAUCACUGGGAGGAGGAUUUUCCAGAAGAUCCUACAGGGGAGUUUAAUGAGUUCAAAGAUUUCAUAAAAUCAAACUUUGACAUUUGCAAGUGGAUAGGCUUGUUUAUUGUGUGCACACAGGGGUUGUCAAUCUUAUUGUCCAUGGUUCUUAGGGCUCUCGGGCCAGAUCAAGGAAGCUACUGUGAUAGUGAUGAUGAUUAUGCCCCAGCCAGGCUUCCACUCUUGAAGAAUCCUGUUCAUCCACCUCCAUAUGUGAUUGGAAAUCCCCAGUAUGCUCCCAAGAAUGAUGUUUGGAAUGUAAGGACUUGUGAGAAAUAAAGAUGUCUUUGGUCUCAGCCAAAAUGUUUUUUUGGUUAAUCUUGGGUAUCCCAAAGCUUUCUUUAUCCAAGUAUUUCAUUUUCUCGUCUCAUACAUGUGUUCUUUGUCAGACAAACAAGUAAGAGUGGCUUCACGAAUGGUUUAGACUUUUGAACGGAAGGCUGUCAAAGUGCAAAAAGACAGGUUCUGUAGCGGAACCUUCAUGGUCUGGAGCAUGUGAAAUUGAAGGAGAUUUGUUUCAUGAAUUACCAAGGUUCUGAAGACAGUCGAUCUCUGUACAUUUUCAGCUUUACUGUUUUAACAAUCAUAGCUUCAAAGGUGUAUAUGUGACAAUUUGUAUUUCUGCGUAUGACAAUGACAGCAAUCCUUUAGAUCGUAGAACACCUAACUUGCCAAUUGCUAGAAGGAUUCUGAGCA